AUGACCACUGACCUAGUCGACGGCAACUCUCAGCAGUGCAGCGGCUCGUUCCAAGAUCACCCGGAGUGGCAGGACGGAGACUUCGACCUUGUCUCGAGUGAUGGAUGGCGCUUCAAGAUCUCCUCCGAUCUUCUCUUCGAGUCCAGCCCCUCGACUCCGCCUUCACACCUCUUCACUGACCCAGUCAUCGAGCGCAAGCAUGUUAUUGCACGCUACCUGCAGCUACUCGUGCACAAGAGCGUAGGCGACGACGCUUUCAUGCGCAGGCAAGCGGGCAGCCUGCUGGACCGCAUCCUGCUCACGGAGUAUACGCAUCUAAUCAGGUUUCUGAACAAGUGGGGCUGCGACGACCCGAUGCAGGUCUCGAACGCGAUGCUUCGUCUGGGCGUGUCGCUCAUUGGUGCAAGCGUCAACCGAACCCUGGACCCUCUGGACAUCUUUAUCCUGGGCGCCGAGAUGGACGAAAAGAAUGUGUGCGCCACCGCCAUUGCCGCUGGCUGCUUUGCAGAUCGUGUCUACGAUCCGAAGACGGGAGAAUACCGAGAAGUGAUCUGGGGCGUGAAGCAGCUGCCGGAUCGCUUCAUGCAGCUCUGCGCACCCGCUUAUCUCGAGGCUGCCAUCCGAGCUAUCCGCGAGUACUGGAAGGCCAGGGGCACUACAGGUGAUCGUAAACUUCCUCUUGACUUCCUCCAGGACCGGUUCUGCCUUGGCCUCGAGUCUCCAAGGGAUCAGGAUUGA